UUGUGAAUGACAUCAUUUCAAAUUGUAGAGGCUAACUUUCCUCAUUUCAGUUUUAGGUGUCGCUAGAUGGAAAAUAAUUGCGUAAAAUGUUACGCAAGAAAGUAAACCAAACCAAGAUUUUUCCUUUUUUUAGUAGGUAUGGAAACUACCCCCGAAUCAUUGGCGAUUUGUCUUAUUUAUGUGCUGAUUGGUUACACAACAGAAGCUUCCAGUAUUUUCCAGAACUGCCUAAUUGUUUCAAAAUCCGGCUUAGAAAACGUUAGAUUCUUGAGUACGAUGACUGUUACAGUGUUAUACGUCAUGUAAUCCAGAUUUAAGCUCCUGCUCUUACAUUCUUUUAUGAGUCGAAAAUGUGAUAAGAAAAAAGAUAAGCGAUUGCAACGUGCGCGUUGCUCCACGAUUCACUGACGUUUAAGAUCUAGUGCCGUUUAAGUUUUCCGUUUCUCCGAUCCGAUUAUUUAGUUGUCCACAACAUUCCUAUAUAGAUUUUACACAUUGUAAAGUCUCUAAUUCUAAUCCAGUUAAAAGAUUUGUUAUAUAGAAUUCUAUAACCCGCCUCCCUACAAUAUUUUAAUAGCGCCUUUGGGAUUUUAUUGCUAUUUCCUUCUUGCAACGCUUGACUCUUCGAUCCAACGAUUCCGCCCGUUGUCUUGGUGAUUCCAUUGAAACCCGGUGCCCAAAAUUGUGCGUUUCUUCAUUAACUUACCGGCCUCCACUUUGGCGGAGGGAAAUCCGAUCUAUGCGGUGUUUUUCUAAAAUUCAAUUGUUUUAGAAAUCCUAAUCAUGGGGAAGAUCAAGCAGCCGGCUGAAGUGGCAGAUACAAUAAGUAGUGAGCUCAACUCAACUUGUUUUGACUGUGUAUCAGGUUCAGGUAACAAGCCUUUCCUUCAGUUUGGAAUCGGGUGAUGUCAUUAAUGUCGGAUUUGAAGGCAACGUUGAUCCGAUAAAGGAUCGGAUACCAAGGGAUUCACAUGUGACUCGGCAAAGAAUGAGUAGCGUGAUAGAACCUUUCGAAGUCGCCUCUUUACCCUUGGGGUUGGCAGAGGAUGGUGAUUCGAUCUCAAGAUCGCCGCUGUCUCUUCGCCAGCGGAGUGAAGCAGAACGAGUAUUCCUGUCAUCCCACAGGCCCAUGACGAGCUUAAGGCCAAGUAGUGUAGCUGCUAUUUCCAACGCUCCCGAAUUUUCCUCGUCCAAUGAUUUGACACCACUCAGCGUCAUAACAUUCAAGGAAGAAAAAUCUCAAAGAAAUAUUUGGUUGGAUAAUGCAGGUCUCAUGGCUAUGAGCCUUGCACUGUGUAACAUUUGGAGAUUGCCAACAUUCAUAUACUUUAAUAAUUCAGGCGAAGCGUUUAUUGCUUACAUCAUUUUGAUGGUCUUUGUUGGAUUACCGUUAUUUGUGUUGGAAUUAUCCUUAGGCCAAUUUGGACAAACUGGAGUCAUAAAAUUGUGGAGAGCCGUCCCUUUCUUUAAAGGAAUAGGUGUUGCGCAAAUGAUUGCCGGUCUUUAUCAAGCGUCCUACAUUCCAACUCUCAUAACGUGGGCCUUUCAGUCUGGUAUUCUCGGAUUUGGCGGCUGGAAUGGAUGCGAAUCUUCAAGUCAAAAUCUUACUGCUUGUUUGUGCCAAGAGCCUGGAAGUACAGAUUGCAGUCUGUAUGGGGUUAUUUCCGAAGAAGAAUUCUGUUUCGCGAGUGAUGUUCUUUAUAAAUAUAAUGGACAUAUCAAUUACAAAAUGCUACCUAUGCUGGCAGCGGUCUUGAUACUCGUUGCCCUAUGUAUAUCUUUCGGAGCCAAAGUAAUGAAAAUCAUCCUAACGCUGUCCGGCGUCAUCUGCGCUAUUCUACUCAGCGUUGCGCUUGCUUUAGCUUUAUCUCAUCCAAACAAUUCCCAAACGAAUUCAAACAAUACAGCACAGAUAGGCAUUAACUUACUUGCCCCUACUGAGCCAUGGGGAUUUGGACGCGGAGAAGUCUGGUACGGCGCUAUGGUACAGGUCAUAUUUUCAUUGGCAAUCGGUUUUGGUACGCUUCCUUCUCUGUCAUCUUCUACCUAUUUCAGUCGAAAUACUAUCAGAGAUGGCAUUUUAAUUUGGCUUAUUAACAUACUCUUUGCUGUACUUUCCGUAAUUACCACAUUCGCUUGGAUUGGUAUUUCGGGUCUACAUGCUAAGGAUGUAGUCCAACCGAAUGCCUUCAUCUACUUUAUCUACUAUAACAUUUGUAAUUCGCUAUGGGCCGGUCUUGCUUUUGGACUAAUCUUUCUUUCUGGAUUGAACAGCAUGCUGCCUCUUAUGUACGCCAUUAUUCAAAAUCUUUAUGAGAAUUUCCCGGUUCUCGAGCAACGCUAUCAAAAGUUGACUUACUGCUUGCUAUUCAUCGCUGUUUGGCUCAUCAAUAUUCCUGGCCUCAUUCCGGCUGGAAAUGAAGUCGUAACGAUGUGGGAUCAUUACGCUGCAGGAGGCACUGUACUUACCUGUUUAAUUAUUCAUCUAAUUGGAUGGCUGUGGGUCUAUGGCGGGAAGAAUUUGAAGCGGGAUUUUGAAUUCAUGAUUAACCGAUCUAUAAACUCUUUCUGGAACGUAUCUUGGAGUUAUGUCACCAUCAUUGUUCUCGUCAUUGCAGAACUCUGGGGAUUCCUUGGUGUGCCAUUAGAUGGAACUACAGAUUGUCUUUAUCCUAUUUGGAUGGUGGCAACUGGGUGGUCCUUUUACCUCUUAGCUUUGGCUGUAGCUUGUGCUGUCGCCAUCAAGACUGUGGUUCAGGAAACUGAAUAUGAAUUGAUCAAAAAGUUAACCAACUCGAUGAAAGCUGAUAGGCAUUGGGGUCCGAUAGAUCCCCUUCUUCAUUUCCAUUGGAAAAGAUCUAUAGAAUCGCCAUCUGGACCAGUUCCUUAUUCUAUGGACACAAUUUCGCGCCGAUUGAAAGUGGAAGAUGAACAGAAAAUUGAAACAGACAUCUCUUUGUUUGAUCAGAAUUCCAUGCCUAAAAGUCAUCGGGGUAGUAUAACUAUGGUUCGAUUGCCUCAUUAUGAAAGGCACUAUGACGAAAAUGGCCUCACGAUCGAAUAAUAUAGAAUUGCAUCUACUUGUUUUUGUUGAAAUGCUUUCUUGAGAUCAUGAAUGUAAAAUACCGAUAAAAAAAAUAUAUCGCGCCCUAAAUACAAAUUUAAAUUUU